UUUAACCGUCCGUUUUAAACGCGCUCGUUCAAGUCUGUCAGUGUGUGGUGGGAAAACAGUUAAAAAGGACAGUUUUUAUCAGUGUCGACUCACUUAUUUUGCACAGCAAUAAUUAGUGUUAGUUUUGAGUAGUGAUUUUAAAAUUGUAUUGUUGAAUAAAAAUAUAUUGCUGUAGUUUUUACAAUGACUGACUUAAGAAAUUACAACAAGCAAUUUAUAAUUGAGUUCAUAGAACUGUAUAGAAGCUAUCCGUGCCUGUGGAAAGUUAAAUCUACGAAGUAUUCUGAUAGAGAUAAAAAAAACAAAGCUUACGAAGAUAUGAUAAGAAAGUUACAAGAAGUAGAUGACUCGGCAACAAGAGAUUCCGUUAAAAAGAGAAUUGACUCUUUACGUGGCUGCUUCCGUAAGGAAUUGAAAAAGGUCAUUCAAUCUAAUAAAUAUGGUUCCGGUACUGAAGACAUCUAUAAACCACACUUGUGGUACUACGAAUAUCUAUUAUUCCUUACAGACCAGGAAACACCGAGGAGCACAGUUACUAAUAUUGGUGACGAAGCAAGUAACAAUGAGGAUGGAUCUAACUACAUUCCCGUGCAAUCCCCGACAUCUCCUUUUGAAAUUGAUGUUGCAGAUCGAUCGCCGUCGGUAUCUUCCAAUACUCCUUCAGCACCGAGCUCAGUAAGUUCUUCCAAUAGCACAAAAAAGCGGCGCGUCAAGGAGAGAGCUGACGAAGUUUUGGAAAAAGUAAAUGCAAAACUGGAUAUGUAUGAGCAAGAAGACAGGUUCACUGUGGUAGGAAAAAAUGUUUCCAAGAAAUUACGAGAUUUACCUCCUGAUGCUGCUUUAAUGGCGGAAAAAUUUAUACCCGAUAUUCUAUUUGAAGCUGCACUGGGAAACAUUUAA